AACUUGCAGACACAAUUAGUUCUCUGCUCCCGUAAAUAUAUCUGGCUGCUGAUCAGAAAUACGGGAACAGAGUGGAACUAACAAACCAUGGAGGUGAGUCGCGUCUGUGGACUGAGUCAGAAGGUGACACUAGCCGUGCUGCCCAGACUGCAUCUGGAGGAACUAAUCCUGGAGCUGAGCAGGAGGAACAUCCAGAUGGACGGACGGACAGACAACAUGGACGGCCUGGUCAGGGAACUGGGGGCUGUGAUGAUGGCCGAGUACCAGGGGGCUGUUGUCAAGGCAACCAUGGAAACACCAGAAACAGACUCCUCACAAGACACGAAGAGAAAAGAUGGUGAAUACUGCACUCAGGAAGGAAUGGUUAGUGGGGAUGUAGAGUCAGAAAUCCAAGAGCAGAACGAACCACCACCUGUUGAAAGUCUGACAGGAGAGUGCCAAAGUGACGACGAAUAUGAUCCAUUCACUCCAGAAGAUUACAAUACAGGAAGUAUCCACAGUCCCAAAGUCAGUACUGAUAAACAGGAUAUGUCUGACUCCAACAUCUCAGAUAAUGGAAUGGAUUUAGACAGUAGUCAGUUUUCUAUCUGUGCAGGUGGCAGUUUGGAACAAGAUGUGGCCAUGGUCCUACCAGAGGUGCAAGAUGCUGAUCUACAAGCAAAACAUGAUGAUGAAGACUGUGAUGAAGAAAUGGAUGCCGUCUCAACAGAAAUUACCUUCUUAGGAACUUCUGAUGGUGCAGAAACUACAGAUGAUGUUACAGAGCAGCUGGAAAUGUCAAAGGAGUUGAAAACAGAAGUUAAAAAGGAGACAUGUACUGGAAAGAAAUCUGAACAUUCGGAAAAGGUGGCAUCUUUUAAUGUAACUUUUCAGAUGAAAACCCUCGGUGAAGAGGCACUGAGGCAGUAUAAGUGUCCACAUUGUAGGUACAUUGCAUCACAAAAAGUCACACUUCAAAAUCAUCUGGAUCAAAAGCACAAAGGAAACACUUGUACAGCAUCCAGCAAUGAAACGAAAGGCAAGGUACAAAAAGAAAAGCCGAAGCGAUUUGAGUGUAAAGAGUGUGACUACGUGGGAUUGUCAAAACAACGCCUUGUUGUCCACUUAAGAAAACACACUGGCGAGAAACCUUACAAAUGUCUGGACUGCCCGUAUACAGCAUCGAGCAGCAGCACAUUGAGAAAGCAUCGAUAUUGUCACUUGGAAGAGAAACCGCACAAGUGUUCACAGUGUGAUUAUUCAGCUGCCUCCAAGAACAGUUUGUUGUGCCACAUGGGUUCCAAACAUGGCAUCUUCUCCCAUGUAUGUGACAUUUGUGGCUUCAGGGCAGCAAUGAUUGGUAACUUCAACAGGCACAUGGCUACACACUCUGAUGUGAGACCAUUCAAAUGUCCUCACUGUGAUUAUGCGGCAAAUGAGAAGAAGACUCUCACGAGGCACAUUACGUCCAAACAUACUAAGAAUGGAAACAAGUCAUCCAACAAUGAAAAGAAGGUCAAGGUACAAAAGGAGAAACAGCAGCAAUUUCAGUGUAAAGAGUGUGAUUAUGUUACAUCGUCAAAGAAAGACCAUGUUAUCCACUUGAGAAAACACACCGGUGAGAAACCUUACAAGUGUUCGUACUGUUCAUACGUGGCAACAAGCAGCAGCACGUUGAUAAAGCAUCGAUAUCGACACUUGGAAGAAAAACCGCACAAGUGUUCACAGUGUGAUUAUUCAGCUGCCUCCAAGAACAGUUUGCUAUGCCACUUGGGCUCCAAACAUGGCGUCUACUCCUUUGUUUGUGAGAUUUGUGGCUUCAGGGCAGCUAUGAUUAGUAACUUUAACAGGCACAUGGCUACGCACUCCAGUGUAAGACCAUUCAAAUGUCCCCACUGUGAUUAUGCGGCAAUUGAGAAGAGCACUCUCACAAAGCACAUUACGUCCAAACAUACGGAGAACAGAUGCAAGCCACCCAGUAAUGAAAAGAAACGCAAAGUACAAAAAGAAAAACAGAAACGAUUUGAGUGUAAAGUGUGUGACUAUGUUACAUCGUCAAAGAAAGAACACGUUAUCCACUUGAGAAAACACACUGGCGAGAAACCUUACAAGUGUUCUUACUGCCCGUACGCGGCAACAAGCAGCAGUACGUUGAUAAAGCAUCGAUAUCGUCACUUGGAAGAAAAACCAUACAAGUGUGAAGAGUGCGAUUAUGCAGCUGCCUCCAAAAACAGCCUGCUGUGUCACAUGGGCUCCAAACAUGGCAUCUACUCCUUUGUGUGUGAGAUUUGUGGUUUCAGGGCAGCGAUGAUUAGUAACUUUAACAGGCACAUGGCUACGCACUCCGGUGUGAGACCUUUCAAAUGUCCCCACUGUGAAUAUGCGGCAAAUGAGAAGAAGACUCUCACAAGGCACAUCACGUCCAAACAUACAGAAAACAGAAGCAAGCCCUUCACUUGCGAUCAGUGUCCCUACAGUGCACAAGAACAGAGUGACCUAAGACAGCACCUAAAGACACAUAACAAGGAGAAAAACCACAGCUGUACGCUCUGCGCUUUCUCUGCUCACACCAAGCAUGAGUUAAAAGUACAUCAAGCAGAACACGAGGGGAAGCAGAUAUUUCCCUGUGACCUGUGUUCAUAUAAAACUUACCAGAAACAUAUUUUGAGAAGGCAUAUGGCAAAGCAUGCAGACACAGAGCAGAGGAAAAGUGAAGAAAGUAACUUUGCUUCAGAAAUGGUUCAGCUCACAGCCAUGCCGUAUGUGGCAGAGAAUGUCAUUCUCGAAUAGAACGUUUUAGUAAUAGCCAAUACAAUAGGGCUGAUGACAGAGGCCAUAUACCACAUGUGGAAAAAUGUUUUGUGACUUAUGUUCCUGUAGUAUAAAGAUACAAACAAGAUACAAAACUGUAUUUUAAGGGACAUGACAAGACGUGUAUGUACUGGAAUUGAGUAGUAGGAAAGCUCUACUAAGUCUGCAUUCUACAUUGUAGUAUCAGCUUAUAAGGUUUUGUUGUGAUUCCUUACUUUUGCAAAAACAAUGUGUUAGUAUAUACGUAGCACUGUUAGUAUUUUAACUUUCUACCCAACACAAUAAAACUUAAAAGUGUAGGUGUAAA